AGAGUUGAUGGGCAUGCUAGCUGAAUGCUUGGAUCGAGGCUUGAGCUUAAAAUGUCAACAAUUCAACAUACCCACGAGCUAUAGGAAAUAGCCGUUCUGUAAACCCUUUAUGGCUCUGACAAGAGGUGAUGUGUAUUCCUUAGCCUUACGGUCUCCGCCCAAGAACGGCCAUUGAAUUCUGCCCAAGAGAAACCGCUAAACCUGAAAUGAGGGAAAGCAGUGACCAUGGUUAGCUGCUCUGACGCUCUACAUUGGCUGUACAAUGAGCUACAUCCUUACACUCCCUUUUCUGAUUAUAGGUUUUCUUACAAAAAUUGGUGACUCUGAAAAUGAUGGUUACCGACUCAAAGAAACCCAAGAAAGGGUAAAUUCAGACAGCGGGGUAAUCACUCCAAACCAUACCAUCUACCUAGCAGUCCUCACUGACAUCAGCUCUAGUCUGUAUGCGACGACGGGGUAUGAGAACUUAGCCGCUGCUCGGCUAGCUAUUGAAGAUAUCAACGCUGAUAAAACCUUCCUGCCCGGCUAUCAUUUUGACAUGUUGUUCAAAGAUGACGGAUGUGAUAUGGAAAUUGGACUCAAAGCGCUGACUAACGCCUAUGAUAACGAGGAAAAUAAGAAGAUUCGCGCAGUUAUUGGAAUAUCGUGCUCCGUAGUGUGUGAGUUGGCCGGGUACUUGUGUUCCUCGGAUCAGUGGAAUAUCCCCGUCGUAUCCCACUCUUGCUCUUCCGACGAUCUUUCUAAAACUGACAAAUAUCCCACCUUCGCUAGGUUAUCAUUGUCGGUGUUCAAGUAUACCAAAUCUAUUAUAGCCAUCUGUAAUAGGUUUAACUGGAUUAAAGUUGGCUUGAUGGUCAACAACAUAGAUUGGUAUGUGAAAACAGCUGGAAAGAUGAAGGAACUUAUGGGAACUAAAGAAAACAACGGAAUGUUGGACAUAGAAGUAAUGUUAGAGAAGUUUUACUUUGAUGAAAAUUCGGACGACGAAACUUCCGACACUUAUCAGCUCCUUGUGGAACAGCUAAACAGGAUGAAAACUAAAGUCAGAGUGAUAAUAAUUGUGGGUUACGCACGGGAUAUUAUAUUUGUGCUGAAAACUGCCAUGAAGCAAGGAAUGAACAAUGGACAUUUUGCCUUCAUCACGCAGGAGUUCAUUCAGGCAGAUCUUAAUAAAGAAGAUAAAGAUCUAAUCCAGUCAAUAGAGGGUGUUAUCGACCUCGAACCUCUGCUGGACAAAUCAGAUAAAAACUAUAUUUCUUUUAGCGAGCGUGUCAGAAAAGUGGUGGAUCAGAAGCAGUAUCCUAAAACAGGGAAAGACGUGGCGAAUCUAGUUGCAGCACAGAUGUAUGACGCAGUGAUGCUCUAUGCUAAGGCUCUGAAAACAGCAGUUGAUAACAACCACGAAAUUGAAGAUGGAGAGAGACUGGUAGCCUCUAUGGCAAAAUACGCUUGGACUGGGAUGUCUGGACAAAUAAAAAUAGAUGUAACUGGAGACAGGCUUGGAAACGUCCAAGUAAUGAACAUACAAAACGGCGAUUUUAAACAGGUGGGCACAUGGUGGAUGGAUAGACACCUGAACGAGUCUCUAACGCUAAGUGCUGAUAACAUAAUCUGGCCAGGAGCUCCCGAAGAAGCGCCCGCAGCGUGUGGGAGACAGUACGAGCUGUGUGAAACCUACUCAGACGCGAUAGCAAAGAUCACUCUUAUGGCCCUCGUAUGCGCUGCAUUCCUCUUUGGACUAUCAAUUCGACUUUACCUCUAUAAUAGAACUAACAAAUAGAAUCUUUUACUGGGUUGCAACAGUUUGUUUUUACGAUAUGAAUAAAAUGAUUGUUUACGUCACCGAUAGAGUUCGUUUUUAUUCAUUUUUACGCACAGAACUCGACCAAGCAUUAUGGUCGAAGAUCAUGUAUGAAUUUGUUAACAUAACGUUUGGAAAUGCAUGAUGUGAUAAUUUUAAAAAGUCGUGCAGUGACACAUUUUUGAUAUUUGUUAAUUUGAAUCAUUAUUGAUGUUAUUUAUCACGUUAAGUAAUAUUUUGUGUAACUUUGGAUAUAAGCUUGGUGAUUUUCGCACUUAACGUUAGAAACGAUAGUUUAUGGGUAAAACUAAGCUCAAAUAUAUUUAGUCUAUGAAAUAAUGAUGUUUUUAAUCAAUUCAGUAUGUGACUCAAAACUUUUUGACUUCAUCGAAAACGACCGAUUUCAUCAAUUAAAUCAUUAUCAAUUAUUAUCAUAAAAUUAGGUGUUUUUUGCAUGCAUACCGUGAACGUAAAAAAACAAGAAUUUGCUCCAAUGUUAUAAAUCGAGUAGUAGUCUGUGUAAAAUGAUAAGCGCAGAGAAGAGGCAAUAGAAUUAUAGAAAUCUUUUGACAAUCAAUAUCAUUCAUCUUGCUCAAUUUGGUAUU